ACUGAACUGCCGAUUGUCCUCUUGUUCGAUACUUUGGUCCGUCACUCCAUCUGCAAAUUCCUUACUUUGCUUUUAAUCUACGUUGGUUCGAAGUCUUCAAGUUUCCCGGGAGAUUACGCGUCGAAAUAGACUGGGAUCUUCUUCGAGGUCGUCGAUUUCUCGUCAUUGAUUUCCUCUGUUUUUGCAUUACUUGGACAUCUUUCGGUAACAUUUGCAAAAUUUGGAUGGCGGCAAAGGGUGAGAAUAUUUGAAAUAAUGAGGAGCUCUGAAUCAAGGAAAUGAAUUACAGUGCAGAUCUCAAAAAGAGUUCAAGGCAUCAGCAUAUGUCAAGAGGUGCUAAGGAAAAGAUCCCAUUGCAACAAGGAAGCCAUAGUUUAAAAUUGCGAGAUGAGUUGAAGAACGAGAAGUUCAUCAACCACUCAAACAAAGAUGUCUCUUACAAAGCAAAACAGGAUAGAGUACAUUAUAAAGUAAGACGGGAUGAUGAUGAUAGACUGUUGAUCCCUCCUAAAUCUUUGCAGAAUCACCAAAAGCAACAGAGCAACAGUGAGGCAAUUCAAAAUGAUGAGCUUGUCAAGUACAUGUCCAAUUUACCAUGUUAUCUGCAGCGUGUGGAGAAAGGACAAAACCUCCAAGAGAAGGCUUUGAAUUUUGGAGUCCUUGACUGGGGACGUCUGGAGAAAUGGAAGUACAGUCAAAAACAGAUCCCAAGCAGAAGUACUAGAAAUGAUCCAUCAACUAGUAAUGAUUCCUCUUCAUUCACAACAGUUGGAUCUUCUACCCUUUCUGGUAGAAGUCACAGUGGAUCUUCUACCCACCAGAAGAAGCAAUCUCAUUCAAUGUGUUCUAAUCUGAAUUCAACUCAAAAUGAUGGACCCAAUAAUAUUGUGAAAUCAACUAGGGGAAGCAAUCUUCAAGAAACUAGAACUGUCACUAAAAAUUCCUUGAUUGGGCAGCAGGAUCUUCUCAGAACUGAUCAGUUUUUCUGCCAAAAUUAUUCAGAAAUCAAACAAGAGAAUGCUGCUAAAAGAAAAGAUUCAGAUCCCAAGAUCAUUCCAGAAAUGCAGUCACCAUCAUCUGGGGCAAAAGAUUAUGAGAUCUCACUCCGUCCGAAGGGAAAGAUGAAAGUGCCAGACGGUGAACCUGAAAGGGGUGCAGAACAUUUUCAUCAUCUUAGUCUCAAUCUUCCCCACAAUCCAGGCUGUGUAAAACAUAAAAACAUUAUUCACAUUUUGCCCAAAGAUUGCUCGCGGAACAGUUCCUCUGGGAUCUCCAACCAAGUUGAAUUCGCUACAUCAGUUGAUGGAAGAUCAACAAAAGCAGAUCGUAAAAGUUUUUCAGAUUGCCUUUGUCACAAAGAGGAGGUUUGUCCUGCAGAUAUUAAUUCUGAUGUCCCACAUUUAUGCCCACUUCCUUGUACAGUCGAAGGCAGGCAAGAGUCGGACAUGAGAUUGCCUGAAUCUUUAUGCGCCAAAGGUACAGAAGUUGAUGGAAGAUCAACAAAAACAGAUCGUAAAAGCUUUUCAGAUUGCCUUCGUCACAAAGAGGAGGUUUGUCCUGCAGAUAUUAAUUCUGAUGUCCCACAUUCAUGCCCACUUCCUUGUACAGUCGAAGACAGGCAAGAGUCGGAUAUGAAAUUGCCCGACUCUUUAUGUGCCGAAGGUACAGAAGUUCCAUUAGAUUCGUGUUGCUUGAUGGUAACUCCAGAUGAGGUACCAACUGGGCAAAGGAAGGAUAAAGAUAUUGGAGAAAACAAGCCAUCAAGUUCAGCCGGUGAACCUUUUGAUAGAUUGGAUCCAAAAGCUUCUGAAGUAAGAAAUCGAUUACCUAAUCAUCGGGCCAGCACUGGUUUGGGCAGGCUGAGCAGAAGUUUCAGUUUUAAAGAAUGUUCAACUGUCCCACAGUUGAGAUCAUCAUAUGUUACUGUUAAAUCUGGUCCAGUGAGAUCAGAUGUUUCUGCUUGUUCACAUGAUUCAACUAAAGAUAAAGCAAAUGCCAAUGGCAAAGGCAGGUCCAGUCCUUUGAGAAGGCUAUUAGACCCUCUACUGAAGCCCAAGGCAGGAAACCAUCCUGAGCCAUCAUUGAAGAAAAUGUCGAGUCAUAGAGCUUCUAAAUCAUCUGAUGGUCUGCUAGAUUCUUCUACUGCUCAGUCCAUGAAAGGAAAUUCUUUAUCAAGUUGCGGGCCCAUCAAUGAAAAUGAUUCAUGUCCAAGUGAGAAACAUGUAGAAUCAAUGAUGCAUGCCCUUAUGCAAGUCACGGUUAAGAAUGGAUUGCCUUUGUUUACAUUUGUAGUUGACAGUGCUACUGAUGUUCUUGUAGCCACAAUGAGGAAUGCAAGCACAACCCAGAAGGAUAGUCACAGCUGGGUUUACACAAUGUACACUGUUCGUGAAAUUAAGAAGAAAAGUGGAAGGUGGAUAAAUCAAGGAACUAAAGGGAAAGGUCAUGGUUAUGCCUCCAGUGUCGUUGGACUAAUGAAGGUUUCCCUGUCUCAGUGCCCUAUCUUGACUGGAUUCAAUGCAAAAGACCACUUCUUGGUGAGAAAGUUUGUUUUAUUUGGUGUUGAAAUGAGACAGGCAGAUGAAGAAACCUUGGAUAUUCACCCCAACUGUGAGCUUGCUGCCAUUGUUGUCAAGGUCCCGGCAGAGAAUUUGGGAAAUUUAAGAAAUGAUGACUGGAAGAGCAUUAAAAAUAAAGACCUAUCAGAUAUGGGCUUGAGAAGUUGUAUGUCAGAGGGGAGAUGCUUGUGCAAUGCUGGGGAGAAUCUAGGGAGUGAACAUAAUGCAGGAACUGGAAGGGUUACUAGCACUGUGGUGAUUCUCCCAAGUGGUGUUCAUAGCUUGCCAAGUGACGGAGUGCCUUCGUCUCUUGUUGAUCGAUGGAAGUCUGGUGGAUCAUGUGAUUGUGGGGGUUGGGAUGUGGGUUGCAAACUCAGAAUUCUUAAUAACCAGCAAUCCAGUGAAAACUUCAUUUCAUCCAAAGCUUCUUCCACCCCGGAUCAAUUUGAUCUUUUCAUUCAGGGAGAUGCUCAACAGGACAGGCCUGUCUUCAGCUUGGCCCCAUUGAAGAAAGGAAUUUACUCUGUUGAUUUCCAUGGUUCCAUAACUUUGGUACAAGCAUUCUCCAUCGGUAUAGCAGUAGUUAACAAUAGGAAACCAUACGACCUAUCAGAAGUCAGUAAUUUGUUGGAAGGGAAAGGUUCACAGGAAACAAUGUUCAUUGAAAAUGAUAGAAUAAAGACCCAUGCUGAAGUUGAGCCAGCAAUAUAUGUCCCUUUCCCACCACUUUCUCCAGUUGGGAGAGUUUAGUUUCACGCAAGAGGCUCUAUUGUAAUUGAGCUCCAUGCAUCUUCAUAAUCUGUCUCCAGCUUGCAGAGUGGGUGGCAACUGAACCCCUUGAAGGCUUGACCAGAUACUUCAUGGUUAGAAUCAACGUCUACUGGGCUGAAAACUUUUGAACUUGAAACGCAUAUUAUCUUAUAAGGCACUA